AUGGAGGGGUUCUUCAACCACAGCCAGCUGGUUCAAUCCUUCUACACCACCAACCAGGCGGACUUCGCCUCCGACAACAUCACCGACAACGACGUCAACAUCACCAGAACCUACUCCAGGUUGACCUCACCGUUGGCCGUCACCGUCGCCGUUCUGCUGGUGUUCCUAUUCUCACCCAUGAUCCUUAUAGGUAAUUCCUUGUUCCUGGUGGCGAUGUACAGGUUCAAGAGGCUCCGGACGCCCAGCAACUACCUCUUCAUAUCGCUGGCGACGUCCGAUUUGGGCAUCGGCAUGUUCAUGCCGGUGGGCAUGUACCUCGAAUUGGGCGGCGUCCAGACGCUGACGAGCGUGCGCGUCUGUCUGUUCAGCUACGGCGUCGCCAUAUCGUUGUGCUCGGUAUCGGUGCUGGUGAUGGUGGCCAUCGCCGUCGAUCGAUUCACGUCGCUGGCGCGACCGUUGCGCUACAACAAUCUGAUCACCCAUUCGGCGGUCGAGCGGUACAUCGUCGUGUUUUGGGCGUACUCAUCGCUGGUCGGAUUCACCCCGCUCGGCUACUCCGUCUUGAAUCACGCCGAUCAAUACACCGAGAUAUGCUCCUUCGGAGUUCUAGUGGCGAAACCUAUACAGUUGUUCAUGUUCUGCGCCGUAUACGGCCCAUCGGCUCUAGUGCUACUAGUAUGCUAUGGUUACGUUUACAUAGUAGCCAGAGGUCACGCCAGAGCCAUUAGAUCAGAAACCCGCCAGUCCACUCGCAUUUCAACAGCCCCCCUAGGAGGCGCCGGUCCUCCUCGAUACGGCCUGGCGCUCGCCAUCACCACCGGAAUGUUCCUGGUGCUCUGGUUACCCUUCCAGGUGUGCAUGCUAACGGACGUCUUCUUGGGCACCAACAUCCUCACCGCUUGGAUUUCGGUCUACCUGGCGCUUCCGAUACUAGCCAGCAGCGCCUUCAACCCUUGGGUGUACGGCUACAGGAACUCGGAGCUGCGGCGCGCCGUCCGGCGUGUGGUCGACGACAUGCUGGCCCUGCUGGGGUUCGCCCAUCGCAGCCGCCGCCGGUCCUCCGAUCAGGCGGCGCCGAGCGCGGCCGCCACCGCCGGCGACGCCGGCUCGUUCAUCAACCACGUGCAGCGCGAGCGGUCGGAGCGGAAGGCGGUCGCCGCCGCCGCCGCCUCCGCCGGGGAUUUCCUGCUGGUGCCGAUGGCGCGGCCGGAGAGCUCCGGCGUGGCGUCGGAUUGCGAGUCGCAGCGGAUCGUCCUGAUGGCGGACGCGCCGGUGAGGGUGCUGAAAGGGUCGAGGAGCAUGGUGGAGAGCAUCGCCGUGAGUCGGGGCUCGGACGUGGUGGUGGUGGCUGGGAGGGAGAGGGGCAUGAGGCACGGGGUUAGUGUGUUGUGA